AUGUCUCUGGAAGAUAAGUUCUCCAAGAUGUUUAUCAAUGCUCAGCCAGAUGCCUUGGCUGUCAAAUCGCUUGUCUUCAAGCCAAAAACCGCAAAGUCUGCAACCCCGGUACCUGUCGUUGUAGUCGCUCUACAGAGCACAUCUACUGCAUCUGCACUGAUUGCGAGUGCUAGCGGUACCAAAGAGCCCCGUUUAGCCCGUGAUGAUCUCUUCGCUUCUCAUUUCCAGUGCGCGUCCGGUAAAGAUUUCCACUUGGGCCAUUUGUUGAAUGCUUCCUCUGAAUUCAAGCUGCUAGUCGAUAGCGCUUUGACUGAAGUAGAGAGUUCCCAGACUCUUCAAUUGACCGAAGACAAAUUCAUCGUCAAAUCAGAGCUCUUUGGAUUUUUGGAGCAAUUCGCUCCUCAGACCAUCGACUUCUCCCAGGAAGCGCCAAAGAAGGAUGACUCCAAGAAGCCAACAGGCAAAGCCGUUGCCACUGGCCAAGGCAAGUCCGCCGCUCUAGAGGAUGCUAAGUUAAUUGGUAUCACUGUCGACAAGAAGAUGGACUUCUCUGGCUGGUACCAACAAGUUCUCACAAAAGGUGAGAUGCUAGACUACUACGACGUUUCGGGCUGUUACAUUUUGAGACCACCUUCUUACGCUAUCUGGGAGGUUAUACAAAAAUGGUUUGACGAAAAAAUUAAGGCUAUCGGUGUUGAGAAUGCUUACUUUCCUAUGUUUGUGUCAGCGCGUGUUUUGGAGAAGGAGAAAGAUCAUGUCGAAGGUUUCGCUCCUGAGGUCGCCUGGGUGACAAGAGCGGGCUCUUCCGAGCUGGAAGAACCCAUUGCUAUCAGGCCAACUUCUGAAACAGUGAUGUACCCAUACUACGCUAAAUGGAUCCAGUCUUACAGAGACUUGCCCAUCAAGCUUAACCAGUGGAACUCUGUCGUUAGAUGGGAGUUCAAACAUCCACAACCUUUCUUGAGAACUAGAGAAUUUCUGUGGCAGGAAGGCCACACGGCCCACUUGACUAAAGAGGACGCUGAAGAAGAGGUCUUGCAAAUUUUGGAUUUCUACGCCGGUGUUUAUGAAGAAUUGCUAGCUGUUCCUGUCAUCAAAGGUAGAAAAACCGAGAAAGAAAAGUUUGCGGGUGGUGACUUCACCACUACUUGCGAAGGUUACAUUCCUCAGACAGGCCGUGGUAUCCAAGGUGCCACUUCUCAUCACUUGGGUCAAAACUUCUCGAAAAUGUUCAACAUCAGUGUUGAAAAUCCUUUGGGCCCAGAACACCCAAAGGUGUACGCCUUUCAAAACUCUUGGGGUUUAAGUACUCGUGUGAUUGGUGUCAUGGUCAUGAUUCACUCGGAUAACAAGGGUUUGGUGCUACCUCCAAGGGUUGCUCAGAAACAGUGUGUUGUACUACCUGUUGGUAUCAAUGCAAAGACUUCUGACGAAGAAAGAGCCGCUAUUCACCAGAAGGCCAAAGACAUUGAGCAGCAGCUCCGCUCUGCCAACGUAAGAGUUUUCGGAGACUACAAUGAUAAUUACACCCCUGGUUGGAAAUUUGCGCAGUAUGAGUUGAAGGGUAUCCCCCUACGUUUAGAAUUUGGUCCAAAAGAUAUGAUCAACGAACAGAUUUCGGUUGUUCGCAGAAACGACAACAGGAAAUACACUGUCAAACUAGAUGACCUGACGACUCGCAUCCCUCAAAUCUUGGAAGAAAUGCAAAAUGACCUAUACACUAGAGCAAAGGAACUUUUCGACUCUCACAGAGUGAUUGUUGACGAGUGGAAGGAUUUCGUUCCUGCCUUGAACAAGAAAAACAUCAUUUUGGCUCCAUGGUGUGGUGUCAUGGAAUGUGAAGAAGACAUUAAAGACUCUUCUGCCAAGAAAGACGACGGGGAAGAGUUCGAGGCUGACGAAAAAGCUCCAAGCAUGGGUGCUAAGUCGCUAUGUAUUCCAUUCAAGCAGCCUGAGCUAAAGAAGGGUCAGAACUGUGUUAGAUGUCAGAGGAAAGCAUUGUACUAUACCAUGUUCGGUCGUUCGUACUAA